AUGCCAUCAGUAGUAGUAGCUUGCAAUUCUUCUCUUCCGCCUCUCCACUCUCAUCGAAUCAGUGUCUCUCCCACUCCUAGACGGUUCUUGGGCCGCCGCGAGCUCUGCUUCGACAGCAUUUCCUCUGUCUGCUCCGAUGACUCCUCCUCCUCCGACGUUGCCUCCUCUCGUCCUACUUCCACUCAAAGGACUGGUUGUGAAGAUAGGAAGGGUUUGGGCGAAGUAAUACAGAAAUUCCUUCCUCACACAUCGCGUCGGGUGUUAUUUGCAAAUAUAUUCAUUUACUCGUGCUAUCAUCCUUCAAGGUACUUAUCAGCUUAUGCUUUAGGAGAUCCAUCUGUGACUGUUGAGGAAGUAACACCCCCUGUCUUUCCUUCUGGGAAACUUUUUCCUUCUGAGGAAAGAAUUGUCCAACUCUUUGAACAGAAUACUUAUUCUGUUGUCAACAUAUUUGAUGUAACUUUGCGUCCUCAACUCAAUGUCACGGGUUUCGUUGAGGUUCCUGAAGGAAAUGGCUCUGGAGUUGUCUGGGAUGGACUAGGGCACAUUGUGACAAAUUACCAUGUAAUUGGUAAUUCCCUUUCAAGAAAUCCAAGCCGUGGGCAAGUUGUUGCACGAGUUAAUAUCCUUGCUUCGGAUGGGGUGCAAAAGAAUUUUGAAGGUCAGCUCGUUGGUGCAGACCGCGCUAAGGAUCUUGCUGUUUUGAAGGUGGAAGCCUCUGAAGAUCUAUUGAGGCCAAUAAAGGUGGGGCAGUCAUCAUCUUUAAAAGUUGGCCAACAGUGUUUAGCCAUUGGAAAUCCAUUUGGCUUUGAUCACACACUCACUGUCGGGGUUAUUAGUGGACUAAAUCGAGACAUAUUUAGUCAAACUGGAGUCACAAUUGGUGGAGGAGUUCAAACAGAUGCAGCCAUCAAUCCUGGAAACAGUGGAGGUCCUCUGUUGGAUUCUCGUGGGAAUUUAAUUGGGGUUAACACUGCAAUAUAUACUCAGACAGGGACUUCAGCAGGUGUAGGGUUUGCCAUUCCAUCCUUAACCGUGGUAAAGAUAGUGCCUCAGCUGAUCCAAUUUGGAAAAGUUGUGCGAGCUGGUUUAAAUGUUGAUAUUGCUCCAGACCUGAUUGCAAAUCAACUUAAUGUACGAAAUGGAGCUCUGAUUCUGCAGGUUCCUCUGAAUAGUCUGGCAGCCAAAGCUGGUCUUCUUCCCACUACGAGGGGCUUUGCUGGUAAUAUUGUACUAGGGGAUAUCGUCGUGGCAGUGGACAACAAACCUGUGAGCUUUCUUUUACUCCAAUUGUGCUUCUACUAA